UGUGUUUAAUUUUUAUCACUUAUAAGAAAGAUUAGUUUCUUACUUUCUUUAUAUGUAUGAAUUUUAUAGCCUGAUUCUGAAUAAAAAAAAAAGUUGAUCCAAUAAUUAAAGACUUUUCAUUUGUUUUUUCCAUAACAAAAUAUUGAUUCUCACCGUUCAUAAAAAGAUCGAUUUUUCAUCUCUUGUUGUACCCGAAAUUGAAAAAUAUUAAAAAUAAAAAUAAAAAUAGGUGGCAAAUGGGCCCACGUGGAUGGAAAUCAAGAAAUGUUAUCCAAGAUAAAGAUAUAGUAGUAGUAUAUAAAAAGUAGUUGCCAGUUGUAGAGCCAUAGUUGGAUAAUGAGAUAUUGAUUUGAGCCAAAAAUGAAAACCCACCUCAGAACUAACAUUCAAUAUCCACCUGAAUAUCUUUUAAAAAAUAUUUUAUUAAUUUCCUUUUUCUCUCCUCCACAUCCACUUAUUAGUAGAAGUAUAUUUCUGUAAUUUGUUUGGCAUAAAAAAUAUUGAAGUGAAAAAUAUUGGAAAAAAGGAAUGGCAGCACAAGCUCUAGUUUCAUCAUCAUCCUUAACUUCUUCAAUUGAAACUGCAAGACAAAUUUUUGGGUCAAGAAAUUAUGGAGUUUCUUCUUUUACUUCUUUAAGGAAGAAUUCCCUUGUCGUACGAGCUUCUGCUACUCCACCUGUUAAGCAAGGAGCAAACAGACCCCUUUGGUUUGCAUCAAAGCAGAGCCUUUCAUAUUUGGAUGGCAGUCUUCCAGGAGACUAUGGGUUUGACCCACUUGGACUAUCUGACCCAGAAGGCACGGGUGGGUUUAUCGAGCCUAGGUGGUUAGCCUAUGGUGAGAUCAUCAACGGACGUUAUGCAAUGCUAGGAGUCGUAGGUGCAAUCGCCCCAGAAAUUCUCGGAAAAGCUGGUCUAAUCCCUGCAGAAACCGCCCUUCCUUGGUUCAAAACCGGUGUAAUCCCACCAGCAGGAACCUAUAACUACUGGGCUGAUCCAUAUACAUUGUUUGUAUUUGAAAUGGCACUCAUGGGCUUUGCCGAGCACAGGAGAUUGCAAGAUUGGUACAACCCUGGGUCAAUGGGCAAGCAAUAUUUCUUGGGCCUAGAAAAGGGCUUAGCUGGAUCAGGUGACCCAGCUUACCCAGGUGGGCCAUUUUUUAACCCAUUGGGCUUUGGUAAAGAUGAGAAAUCCAUGAAGGAUUUAAAACUUAAGGAAGUGAAAAAUGGAAGGCUGGCUAUGUUGGCUAUAUUGGGCUUUUUUGUUCAGGCCCUUGUAACUGGUGAAGGCCCAUACCAAAACCUUCUUGAUCACUUGGCAGACCCAGUCAACAACAACAUCUUGACUAGUCUUAAGUUCCACUAAGAAAAUAAUUUGAGGAUUAAUUACUUGUGUUUUGUAAUAUAUUGGGUUUCCAAUCCAAUAUGCAAAUAUUGUGAUUAUAUUAAAUUAAAUGACUAUAACCCAUGAAACUAAGGAGUAAGGAUUAAUGUUGUUAUGAGUGGUA